UAACAACAAUUACAAAGCACAAGCAGCUGAGUCUUUCGUUUGCGAAUCUCUAAGCAAAUCAGAGCGUUGAGUAAUAUUUAAUUUUAUAAUUAAAAAACAAUUUCACAAAUUUGCAUGGGAGAACUGUGUUUGGUUAGAGUGACGUUUUUAGUUAGCUCUCUGCAGUGGCCGAGAAAAGUUCGAAUAUUUUUAUAACAAAAGCCGGUUGAGGAGAUUUUUUGUUGGCAAAAUGAAUAUCAACUUGGAUUUAAAUAAACUGGUUAUCAUGUCAACGGAAGCGGAAUUUCUCGGCGCCUACGAGCGCAUGAAAUCCUCCAACAAACGUAUACUCGCCUGCAUUGAUGAGGCCAUUGGCCAUGAAGAACAUGAACGGCUAGCUGAAGCCAUUGACGGUUAUGAACAUUGCUUACAACAAAUCGACGAAACGUUUGCCAUCUCGGUGGGACUGCCAGACAAUAUCGAUGCCGUGGCGGCUGAGUGGAAAGAUGCUUGUGCCAUUGUGCAAAAAUUAAAGAGCGCCAAAGUAGAAGUGAGCUAUCGUUUGAAGGUGUUACGCGCACAAAAUGCACCUGUCGAUAGUGCUGCCAUAGAGGCAAAGGAAGAAGAUGGGGCAGCUGGCGGUGGUGCAGCUCGCGAAGUUGAUGCAGAUGCUGGACCUUCGCCGAAGAAGAAAUCGCUUUUAUUGGAAAAUCCCGUCACGCACGAAGGUACAAGCGCAACUAAUGGCACCACAAUAAGUGCAACAGCUCAUUUCCGUAAGAUAUUGUCGGAUUUGCGACACGUUAUCGCCGAUACCACUGGUGUGGGCAUACUUUUCGAUACACUCUUUCAAUCGCAGGCAAAGUUAUACAAGAUUCAGCCUGAUGGUGUAGUUGUCACUAUGGGUGAAACUUCCAUGUCUCUAGUUAUGUGUACUACACCCAGCGAUGAACAAUGGAAACACUUGAAUGGCAUCUCCUUUGUACAAUGUACAAUUCCAACGGGACCAUCCGCACACAACAACACCGAACAUAUUCAAGUGCCCUCAAAGGAGUCACCGCAAAUGAUUUGGCUUUACGCCCUUCUACCGGCGAUCACUAUUUGUUAUCGCACAUCUUAUGGGGCCUUCAUUUUGCCCGAUCUAGAAAUCGAUGAGGCGGGGCAUGCUUUCGGGCUGAUGCUUAUCGAACGUGACUCAGCCGUUGACGGCGCUGAGCAGGCGGCUGCACAGCCAGAAGAACCAGAAGAACUCAGCGAUUUACAGCAAUUCUUCUUGGAUCUACUUGAGGCGGUGCUCUCUGGCCGCGUUGAACUUUUGCAACAACCAAUUGUGGUCCCGCGACCACCACGCGAUGCCAGCGAACAGGUUUCGCGCCACAUCGUCACGGCAGCCGAUUUCAUAGCGCGUAAUCUGGUGCGUGGCGCCGAGAAGACGGGUGAGUUAAUGGUGAAAACCACGCCGUACAUCAUUUCCAAAAUGAAGCCAGCGCCACCGGAUGCGCCGCCAGUCUCGUCGACCGUGCAAACCUCUGUGACGGUGGCGCGUGAUGUGACGCAUGCGGCAGUGGGCGUCACCGGUUGGAUAGCCGGCAAAGUGGGCUCCGCCUCGAUGGCUAUCGGCCGCUACUUGGCGCCGCAUGUGCAGAGUGCUGGUUCGACAUUGCUACAGAAGGGUUUCGGUUAUGACCCCAACGAGGCGCAUAGUAAAAUGGAGGGUGCCAUGACCAUUGCUGCCGGUGCGGUGGAGGGCUUCAGCACGGUUUAUGAUGGGCUCGAGACAUCGGCAAAAAUAUUGGGAACAAAUUUGAGCGAAAAUUCGGUGAAGAUAAUUGAGCAUAAAUAUGGUUCUUCAGCGGGCGGAGUUGCAGCUGGCACCUUUGACACGCUCGGCAACGCAUUCAAUGUCAGUCAAAAUGUUAACUACAUUACACCGAAAGGUUUGGCGAAGAAAAUGGCCAAGAAUACAGGCAAAGCAGUCAUCGAUGAUUAUAAAACUAAAAUACGCCACGCAGAAACGAAUUUCGUGCCAGCCGGCGCGCUCUAUCCGGAUUUGCGCACGCUAAAGGAGAAGUGAAGGCGAUAAGUGGAGAUUCAUUAAUAUAUUUGUGAAGUUUUCCAAAGCUCUCGCCAAUAUCAAAGAAUUUUGUUAAACCGAACUCGAUGUUCGUACAACUUGUUGAUAUUAGCAAUGCAUUUGUUUUUUUGCUUUUCGCCGAUUUUCCCUAUUUACUCACUUUAAUAUACAUAUGCACAUAUUUGUUAUUUCUAUAUAUAUAUCUUUCCAAUCGCUUAUCAUUCGAAUAUUGCCGAAUUUCAUUAUAAGUUAAACAUUUAUGCUAGUUCAAGGUUAAAGUUAUUCAAACACUCCAUAUUAUCUCAUACGUAGGUAUAAGUAUUCAAUUUUAGGUCAUUAUUGCAUUAUACAUUCCCCAAAUAAUACUAUAUUUUGCUAUUGCUCAAUUUAUAGCGGGAUUAAUGUUGCUAAAUUUACUUUAAACAUGUACACAUACAUACCUUAAUAUAGAAAGGCCCUAUCUCACAUCGUCGCUGAAAUACAAAAAGCCGUAACUAUAUAGAAAUUCAAAAUUCACUUUUUGAUUGAUUAUGAUACAUAUCAUCGAAUUAUAAGUGCCCAUAUCGUUUUAUGCAAUAAUAAAAAAGGUUAGUUAGUUACGUGUUUUUUUGCAUUUCUACCACUAUAUGAGUUAGGGCCUUUCUAUAUUAAGGCAACGAUAUGUUAUUGCUUUAAGACAUUGCCAAACAAAUCGUUUAUAUUCUUUCACAAUCAUCCAAUUGAUUGUUGAUCAUAGUAUAUUAAUUAAAUGGAAAUAAAAAGUACAUAUUUGCACGGGAAAAAAA